AUGUUCGGCUCCAGCCGGGGCGGCGUGCGCGGCGGGCAGGACCAGUUUAACUGGGAGGACGUGAAGACCGACAAACAGAGAGAGAACUACCUGGGCAACUCGCUGAUGGCCCCGGUGGGCCGCUGGCAGAAGGGCCGCGACCUCACCUGGUACGCCAAGGGCCGGGCGGAUGGCGCGGGCCUGAGCCGGGAAGAGGAGCUGGCGGCCGUGCGGCAGGCGGAGCAGGAGGCGCUCAUGGCGGCGCUAGGCUACAAGAACGUGAGGAAGCAGCCCACCGGCCUGAGCAAGGAGGACUUCGUGGAGGUGUGUAAGCGGGAAGGAGGGGACCACGAGGAGAAGGGAGUGGACCGGCUGCUGGGCCUGGGGAGCUCCAGCGGCUCCGCAGGCCGAGUGGCCUUAUCCCGAGAAGACAAGGAGGCCGCCAAGCUGGGGCUGUCGGUGUUCACGCACCAUCGGGUGGAGAGCGUGGAGAGCGGUCGGCCGGGCCCCUCCACUGCCUCGGCCAGGAAGAAGCCUCGGUCGGAGGAGAAGGCGGAGUCCGGCCCCGAGAGCCACAGGAAGAGCAGGAAAGAGAAGAAGAAGAAGAAGAAGAAGAAGCACAAGAAAGAGAAGAAGAAAGACAAGGCACACCGGAGCAGGGGGACCUCGCCGUUGCCCCCCGCCUCUGCGGGAUCCGGGCACCGCAGGCACGGCUCGGACUCGGACGGCGACUCUUGGUCCUGCUCCAAGAGGCAGCGCCCACACCACAGUGACUGA